AUGGCUUCGCUUUGCUCUGCGAGGUUGCUUCCUUCUCCUUCGCUCGAUGUUCUAGGGUUUCUAUCUCCGACCAAGACUUCCUCAUCUUCCUCGCUCGUUUGCUCCUCUUCUCGUGUCCAUGGUUUCUCCUCCGUUCGCCGUUUUUCGCCUCGCCUUCACAUGGCUAAAAGAGCGAAGCAUCACCUCCACGUAGUAGCUAUGGCCCCUGAGGAAGAGAAGCUCACUCGUCGUAAUCCUCUCGAUUUCCCGAUUGCUUACUGUUUGGUUACUCUUUGUCUCUGA